ACCGCGCCUUCUCUCGUUACUGUUUAUUGCAGAUUGUCGCUCGCUAGUCGUCUGCACCUUCGAUAGGCACCCACAUAUCGCUCGCUCACUACUACUACUACUACUUCGAUACCGCCGUCCCGCCAUUCAGAGCCUCGAGUCCGCCGCGAACCAGAGCGACGCCUAGUGUUUCACAACCAGCAACAUGGGCUUCGGCGACUUUCAGUCGAUAUGCGAAAAGGCAUCGAUACCGAUAUGCGCCCUCGUGGGCUCCCAGCAGAUCAACCAUGGCGUCGGUAUACAGACAAGGUGCUACGCCCGCACAAUUGAGCUUGCGAACACGCUCAUCUUCGAGGUUGCAAACGACUUUGUGCAUAUCAUGGCCUUGAUAAUGACAGUUAUCAUGAUUAUACAUGUGCGCUCAAAGUUUACCGCUGUCGGCCGAAAGGAAAUCACGUCAUUCUUCUACAUCUACCUCCUCCUCACCGUCAUAUCGCUCGUUGUUGACGCCGGUGUCGCUGCGCCCGGUUCCGCCGCCUACCCAUACUUUGUCGCCGUCCAGAAUGGUCUCACUUCCGCCCUGUGUACCUGCUUGCUGAUCAACGGCUUUGUUGGUUUCCAGCUCUACGAAGACGGCACAACACUUUCUGUCUGGCUGCUCCGACUCUGUUCGCUCACCAUGUUUAUUGUUGGUGGUGCCGUCAGCCUUCUGACUUUCAAGAGCUGGGCUGGACUUGAUCCCAAGAACCCUGUUGGCAUUUUUGUUGUUACAUACAUUGUCAACGCAAUCUUCCUCUUCAUCUAUGUCGUCAGCCAGAUAAUACUGGUCAUCGGCACACUGGAAGACCGCUGGCCGCUCGGCGACAUCCUGUUUGGCAUCUUCUUCUUCGUUAUCGGUCAAGUUAUCCUCUACGUCUUCAGCGAAACCAUCUGCGACAAUGUACAGCAUUUCCUGGAUGGCCUCUUCUUCGCCACCAUUUGCAACUUGCUUGCAGUCAUGAUGGUCUACAAGUACUGGGACUCCAUCACUCGGGAAGAUCUCGAAUUUUCCGUCGGCGUCAAGCAACACAACUGGGAGGUCAAAGAAUCCUUCCCAGAAGAGGACAAGCGCGGCACCUACUAUCAAGACUCCGACUACACCCCGUCGCUAUAUCAGCAACAACCAUAUACCCGUAAUUCACACUACUCUGCAGUCGGACAUUGAGAUUACGACACCAACGACCUUUUGUUUUUACCCGCGAUCGUCACGAAAUUUUGCACUCCUUACGUAGCAUUGGGCGGAGUUUGUAGCGCAUUCCAUUUUUGAGAAAAAGCUUGCCAGCACUGUCGCAAUACCACGGUACUGUCGACUCCGGUUAUUAUACCAGUGGAGGAUCGGAGGCUGGGAGAGUGUUUGAUAUGAACAUACAGAUGAGCAAUUAUGAUGUUUUCAGCGCGUAUAUAGUAAUACAACUCUAAUUCAAUGCCCCUAA